AGAUGUCGGCCUACCUUCCAUGUUGAGGCAUGCGCAGUAGCCAACAUUGAUACUUCCUGGUUUUAAAAUUACAGGCGGAGUGGGUUGGCUUUUCAAGUCAACGACGCGACUGCAACCUAUUAAAGGUGCGAGUGAGGUUAAUGCACAAAUCAUUCAAGGCAACGCAUACUUAGCUAGUAGGAAUAUCGUAGUUUAGUUGACAUUAUGGCGCGCAUUUGUUGAUUGUUGUUGUCGGGGACAUGCUCGCCUGACAUGCCGCUGCUACUGCGUCCUCGCUGUGCCUGAUCGACUGACCUGGUCGUUGUACCUGAUCGACUUGGUCGACCGACCGCCACCAUGGGUCAGUCCUUUGGUCCUGUUACCAGCUUCAUCGUGCUGGUAAGCGCCGUCCUUUUGCUGUCGGCUUCCGUUCAUAGCUCCCAGGGCGACAAGGAGCCAGUAUACCGGGAUUGCGUGAAUCAGUGUGUCCGGACCAACUGCACUGGGGCCCGGCUACGUGGUUUCCAGUCCACCCAGCCUCCUUACAUGGCGUUGACAGGUUGGACAUGUCGUGAUGACUGUAAGUACCAGUGCAUGUGGACUACUGUGGGACUGUAUCAGGCAGAGGGGUACAGAGUGCCACAAUUCCAUGGAAAAUGGCCCUUUGCUCGUUUCCUCUGUUUCGAGGAGCCGGCAUCAGCGCUGGCAUCUCUGCUGAAUGGCCUGGCCUGCCUGCUGAUGCUGCUGCGCUACCGAAGCGCUGUGCCACGCCAGAGCCCCAUGUACCACACCAUCAAUGCCUUCUCUCUGGUCUCUCUCAAUGCUUGGUUCUGGUCUACAGUGUUCCACACCAGAGACACGUACCUAACUGAGAAAAUGGACUACUUCUGUGCAUCCGCAGUCAUCCUCUACUCCAUCUACAUGUGCUGUGUGAGGACGCUGGGACUGCGUCGGCCAGGUGUGUCCAGUAUGGUGGGAGCGCUGCUCAUCCUGGCCUUCACCUCCCACGUCUCCUAUCUCACGUUCAUCAGCUUUGACUAUGGAUACAACAUGGCUGCCAACGCCACCAUCGGCAUGGUGAACCUGCUGUGGUGGCUGUGCUGGUGCUGGCAGAACCGGCGCACGCUGCCCUACUGGUGGAAGUGCAGCCUGGUGGUGGUGCUGCUGCACGGCCUGGCCCUGCUGGAGCUGCUCGACUUCCCCCCACUCUUCUGGGUGCUGGACGCACACGCCGUCUGGCACCUCAGCACCGUGCCCGUCCACUUCCUCUUCUACAGUUUCCUGAUUGAUGACAGUCUGCACCUCCUCAACACAGAGAAGACAGGAGUCAAACUCGAGUAGGGGGAAUCUCCACCUGCACCUUGUCCCCUCCUCACACACACCCAAUCAGGCAAGCGGAUGCCGGGAUGGGAGGGCCCUCAGUCUCCAUGGCGACCUGCAUGACACUCCUCUCAGCCAAAAUCCUGAGAAAUGUUUCUCUCUCUCAACUCAUGCCAUUCUGCCCAGGAAGAAAAAGAAAAACAAACUUUUUUUUCAGAUUAGGUUUGUUUUUUUUUCUUUUCCAUUUUCAGUUUGAAACUUGAUUGGUGUUUGCAUUCACUGAGCUUUGCCUUGAAAUAGGAUAAAUAGGUUUGAGGCUUUUGUUUGUACUUGUUUUCACAUAUUUUAACUUUGUCACAGACCUCACUCAUGUUAAGCACGACUUCAGACUGGUGUAGGCUUAUAUGACCACACAACUCCCUCCCUCAGUCUUUGUUAUGGCCAGAUCUUUCUGUCAGGGAAGGAGGCCAUUUUAACUGUGUGAAUUCCUGCUGUAAGACCUUGAAGUUUUUUGGUGCGCUUUGAGGUUUUCAAUAGCCCUGACACAAUUAGUAGCAGUACCUGAAUCAGACAGUAGAGGGCAGCAUAGCAUACUCACAAGGCGAGGAGGCCUGGGUGUAACAAGAUUGAUCAUCUCUUGUUAUACUUAGCACUUAGCUGCCUGUAGCAAGGACAUGCUAAUAUGCUAACAGUUAGCAUCUAUCUCUCCAGGCUCAUGCAGUGUUAAUGGGGCCAAACAACUAUUGCAGGAAACAGGUUGGAGAAUUAGUGGGGUGUACCUGUGUAAGCAGUAUUCGGGUCAGAAAGUGUUCUUCAGUAUAUACAGGCUUCACCACUUCCUUAUGUGACAUGAUUGAAUAGUUCUCUUUUUUUAAUUUCUGAUAGCGGCAUGCUAUAAUCAUGAUUAUCACUCAGUUGUCUUGAGUUCCAUAUUUUUGCUCUUGUGAUUGUUUUUUCUUUUACUGUUUUAUGACUUACAACCAUAAUGUGCUUUGUCUUUCAUACUCUGGAUUGAGUUUCAGCUUUUCAGCUUUUUGUUGUACUUCUUUUCUGUUCGUUUCUUCUCUGUUCUCUUUUCUAUUUUUUGGGAAUGUUUUGUUUGUGACAGUCUUAUUUCUUUUUUCUCAUGUGUACCAGGUUUGCCUUUUCAAACAACGGGGUGGAAGCAAGGAGACCCAGUAUUCACUGAUUCUAGCUGAGCUCUUGAUCUUAUGUGGGUCACCUUGCAUCAACGUUAGACAGUAUUUGGGGUGAGAGAGUGAGCAUGUUAGAGAUGAAUCAGUGUGAAAUGGAGGGAGGAAGGGAGGGUAAAAAUAAAAAGGAAAAAGAAGAAGGAGGAAACAGGUUCCUCUUAAAGCCUUGGUGUGUGUGUGCGUACGUGUGUGUGUGUGUGUACGUACGUGUGUGUGCG